UGUAUGUAUACGGAUGGUCCAAUUUGGAAAUUUUAAUUGUUUAUGCUGUGUUCACGAACUGUUACAUGUAGUUAUAUAUCUUGAUGAGCAGUUUGGAGGCUGCAUUGUCUGUUAAAAUUCCUCCAGGGAUACAAAUUAAACUAAUACUUCUCUUUUACAGUCUUGCCAGAGAGUGAGAUCCUGAGAAACAUCAUGAUGUAGACUGGAUUGUGGUAGGGAUGUACAAGCAAGGAGUGGAUAACAAACAAAACUCAGGCUAAGCAGUGUACUGCUGACAGACAUACACUAUAAUUGAUGAUAUUACCGAUGGUGCAUGCUUUAGAUUAAGCAAUGUUGAAUGGAUGCUGGAACUUGUUUUAAUGGCAACAUGACAUCUGGUGGUGUUUGAGCAUUGAUUAUCAGUUCAUUGAGAUAUAAUCGCUGUUUCUCUCUGAAUACAGACAAAAACUUUAUAUUAUAUCGCUUUCAGUAGAUAUAGUACCACCAUUGCUAUUAUACAUAGCCAUUGUUAUGUAUGUGCUCUGUCUACAUGUAUAUGGGAUUACUUUCUGAGACUAUUUAUGUGCCAUUGACUGGAGUGGAUUUUAUAGGGGAACGAGUGAUAUGUUUUUAGAAAUAUUUAGCUAUUAUACAAGGACAGUGUUUUUUUAGAUAUUUUUUGUAUUAUAUUCAUUAUUUUGUGGUCCUAUAAUUUUGAAUCGCACAAAUGAUGUCAUUUUCUAUCCGCAAACAAUAGUCAUCAUAAAAUGUACUGUAACUUAUGCAAAUUCUAUUCCAUGAUAUAAGAGAUUGAAGAGAGUGAUAUCUCAUGGUGCUUCUAGUUGGAAUUGUAUCCUAGCAAUUUGUUGAUAAAUGUCACUACAAAACGUACGAUGGCAUGCUGCCUUGUGCUUAACUUGUGGUCAGUUCCACGAUGCUCACGGAACACAUCUCUACGAUUAUUACCAAACGGUUGACGAAGAUCUAACUUGCCAAAUCUGUCUCCAGCCAUUGGUUAAUCCUCUUGAUACAAAAUGUGGACAUACUUUCUGUCAACGCUGUUUAAAGAACUACCUCAAAAUACAGAAACAGUGUCCCAUUGAUCGUCAGCCAUUAACCAUAAAAGACUGUGUACCCUCCAGUAUUUUAGUAAGAAGAUUACUUGACAAGUUACUUGUAGUUUGUCCAAAUGUAGAUUAUUGUGAAGAAGUUUUAACCAGAUCAGAAUUAGAAGCACAUCUUCUUCAUAGAUGUCGAGGAGCUGUGAAAAGGUGUAUCAAAGCUAGUCUAGGAUGUCCAUUCCAAGGUCCACGAAGUGCCUUACAGAGUCAUCUGUGGGAAUGUCCCUUCCGAGACCAACAAGCCGGAAAGAACCCAGUUAUAGAUGGUGAAGUAUCUACUAUAGAAAUACAGAGAGCUAGUCCAGAAUUGGGUAUUAGUAUUGUUGGUGGAUGUGAUACCCCAUUGAUCUGUACUGUGAUACAAGAAAUAAUAAAAGAUGGUGUGGUUGAUAAUGAUGGUAGACUGUUACCUGGUGACCAAAUAUUAGAGGUAAAUGGUGAAGAUUUAACACAAGCUACUCAUUAUCUGGCCAAGAAGGCUUUAUAUCAGUACUAUCCUGUCUGUAGACUAACAGUGUAUAGAGAACGAGCUGAAGAAAAUAGACCUAUUGAAAAAGAAGAAAUCCUGAAAAUCACAUUGAAUAAAGUGCCUGGAAGACCCCUUGGAAUUAAACUAGUUGGUAAAAGAAAUGGUCCAGGUGUAUAUAUCUUAAAUCUUGUCCCUGGUUCUCUAGCUGCUUUUGAUGGUCGAUUAAAACAAGAUGAUCGUGUUUUUGAAAUCAAUGGACGUGAUGUCACAUAUGGUACUCAAGAACAGGCAGCUGAAAUAAUACAGUCUGAUCCAACAUGUGUUCAAUUUGUGAUUUCUCGAAGAAGUCGUCCACAGACCCCUGAUCUCAUUCGCUCUACCUCAUGUGAAGCCAGCAAUUACUCUCUCUACUCAGAUCCAUCUAUCUCAAAUACUCUAUUCUCUAAUUCGGCAUUAGAAAAAACAAUCAAUGUACAAAAGGAUACAUGUGAAACAUUGGGUAUUAGUGUAGCUGGUGGUGUAGCUAGUCAUAGAGGUGAUACACCAAUAUAUAUCACCAAUAUCAACCCUAAAGGCUGCCUAGGUAGAACAGGAAAAUUAAAGCGAGGAGAUAUUAUACUGCAUGUAAAUGGUACUAGUUUAUUAGGACAGAGCCACAAUGAAGCUGUUAAACAGUUAAAGAUAAAUGCUGAUACUAAUCUUUUAACAUUACAAAUAGUAGAUGGUGCUGAAACUAGUGAUGGACCAGGGAACUUUACUCCUACCUGGUUAUACUGGCUUAAAGUACCCAAAAUGUGCUACAUAUUACGCUCAAUAACCUUGUUACGCAGUCCAAGUGGAAGUCUUGGUUUUUCGAUAGUAGGAGGAAGUGAUCAUGCUCAUGGUCCGAUGCCCGUUUUUGUGAAAUCUGUUGUACCUGACACACCUGCAUCUAAAGAUGGCCGCCUCAAAUGUGGUGACAUUGUUUUAAGUGUAAAUGAACAUAGUUUACAGCAUAUAACACAUGCCAAGGCUGCCGAUUUAUUAAAACAUUUAGAUGGUGUUGUUAAUAUGACAGUUGUCUCGUGGCCAGGAACUUUAGUUUAAUACUCCGUCAGAAAACAGCAAUCUAUUUGUGAGUGAACAGUGUUUUUAUAUGAAAACUUUAGUGGAUGACUGAUUUGAAUGAACGACACAAUAUUUUUUUGAAAGUUGAAUGAAAUGAACUUUCUGCGUCGAGAAUCUAUGUUGAUUUUUUAUAAUGUAACAUAAAUGAAGUACAAGGAUGGUGAAAAAGAAAUAGUUUUAUACUGAAUGGAUUUUAAUUGUAAAAUAAAGAAUUCCUGUGACAAUGUAUAAAAGUAAAUCCAAUUUUAUUGGGAAAAAAUUGACAAUCAUUUUUAGUGAAAGUGAAUACAUUUUUUUUUUGUGCCAAAAUUCUACGUGAUGGACAAGUUUUUUGUUGCUUAUUAUCUGUGAGAAGUGUUUUAUGUGGUUAUCUGUGUAGUGACCUGUGCGUAAAUCAUUCCAUUUUGUUAAACCUGAUAUUUGAUGUACUUUGAGAGAUGUCUGUGUAUGUUUUCCAUCACAGCUUAUCAGGAAAAAAAUUCAAGUUUAGAUAUUAUGGAUUGUGAUGUUUAUCAAAUAUUUAUUGACAUAGUUAAAGAAGCAGCCCCAGAUUUCACUGGGUAUCCGUGAUCAGUGUGGGUAUUAUUAUUAUACUAAUAAAAUAUUUGGAAAUAAUGCAAAAUAUUAAGCCUUUCAGAAAUGAUUGCUAGAUUUGCUGUAACUCAUUUAAGGAAUUUGAUUGUUUUGUAUGAGUGGCUUGAUAAUCACAAUAAUGACUUUACCACUAUAACGUGGACAAGUAUAUGUAGACACGGUCAUCCAGGCACUCAUCUUUUACAAUUAACUAAUUCACUAACAAGUAUAUCUGAGACUGCUUCUUUAAGUUACUAUGUCUUUUAAUUAAAAACUGACGAAAAUCCAGAUAUCUUCUUGAUUACCAGCGUAUAUGACUGCUUUGAAUGUUCACCAUUAGCUAAGAUCCUUUGUAUGGUUGAUAUGUUAAUACAUGUACUGUACUUGUAAUUUGUUUUAUCGAGUAAAUAUUCCAGUUUAUGGGUCUAUGUUCUUAUAGUCAUGUUAUUUGAUUUGAAAUUAAUGUCAGUUUUCAUUGAUAGUUCGUAAAUACUAUAAUUUUUUUAAAAAAAUAUUUAAGAUUGAUAUUUUGUAUGCGUGAGUUUAGUUGAUUUAUGAAAGCCUCUCAAUUUUAUCGGUAGAUUAAAAUAAUUAAUAUACCGGUACUUGGCAUAAUUUGUUAAUGUACGGAAAACAAAAAAUACCUGGAAGUAGUCGUUAGAGAGCAAAUUUGUGGUCUUCUCAAUAUAUCUACAUAUUACAUACAGAUAUUAUAAAUGAUGUGAUUUAACCAUAGGAUAUUUGAGUUAAGAUCAAAUUGUACCCUUUGGUUUAAAAUGUAGUAAUAAAUAAUACAGUAACUCAAGACUCAUUACCAUACAGCCUGAAUUUGAAAAAAAAAAAAGGAAAAUAAAAAACAGAUUCAGAUUUUUAAUGAAGCCAGAUUCCAUGUACUGAUAAAUUGAAAAGACUAGACUACUUAAAGAUGUCUUGAAAAUUAUAUUGCUAUUAUACUGGUUGAUAAAGGCUAAAUUACUCUUCCUGUAGAAUUGUUUAUCAAAUAUUUAGACAAGUAGUCAUACAUGUAGGUCAGAAAUUCAACAGUAAGAGCAUUUGGAUUAUAUCUCAAAAGAAUUUGAGAUCUGAUUUUUAUUAGCCAUAUUACAUAACAUGUAUUGCACUGCACAAUACAUCAACUCAAUAUUAUUAUUAGAAGUACAUGUAGUUCAUAAUUUUCAGAUAUUAAAAUGUAUUUUAUUUGUUUACUUUUAGUAAUAACUAAUAUUUUAUGUACAUUCAAAUAUGUUAGCCAUGAUUUUACUAUUUUAAUUUUCUAUAUUUAUUUGUUUUACUUCAAAUCUAUAUUUCAAAUUAUAUUAUAAGCCACCAAGAUUGUUUAUUAUUUGUUAUUUCCUGAUAUGAUAUUAAAAGAUUUAGUGAAAAUAAUAUCAAAAUGGGUCAUUCCAUGUCAAGUGGACCAAAUUCUCAGAAAGUUGUAAAGUGACCACCUCAGAAAAUUUUGAAAAAAAUAUAAGUUAUAAUAGAACAUACAGUCUUGUGUAAAACUUCAAAGUUAUAUGAGUCUAGCAUUAAUAUCGACUGAGAUGUGACCAUUUGAAUCGGGGUGCCCUUUCGCAGUUUUGAAACUACUGUUAUAUGACUUGAUUUUUGUGAUCUGAUUUUAUUCCUUCUAGUCAGUUUAUGGGGUUUGUAAGAGAAUAUUAUAUAGAUUAAGAAUUUACCAGCACAUUUUAAUAGAAAAAGUAUGGCCUUAAGUGCCAAUAAGUGAUACUUGUGCAAAAAAUCAAUCAUUAUUUCGAUACAGUAUAAAAAUUUUACUACACUAUAUUAGAAGUUGUUACUUAUCACAUGUAUAAUGUAUCAAUGGGUAUUGUUUGAACAAACAUUAUUAAAAGUCAUAUCUUUGUCGGUUUCUUGUAAAAUUAGGUUUGAUAAUCUUGAAUUUUCCAGGUUUUUGAUAUUGAGCCUUAAAUUUUUGGCACUUGGGGUACUACAUACACAGAUGACGGUACUUGUUCUGCAAAAUUUAAUAGUGAAUUCUUAAUGUAUAUAAUAUUCUCUUACAAACCCCAUAAUUUCAAGAAUAUUGUCUAUCUAGAAGAUAUAAAAUCAGUACACCAAAAUCGAGUUAUAGAAUAGUAGUUUUAAAAGCUGUGAAAGGGUAUGACUAUUCAAAAUGCCAUAUCUCAGUCAAUAUUAAUGCUAAAGUCAUAUAACUUUGCAGGUUUACAUAUGUCUGUAUGCACUAUAAAAAAAAAAAUUUUCAUAAUAUUCAGAGAGGGUCACUUUACAAGCACUGGUCCACUUGACAUGGAAUGACCCAAUAUAUGUUUAAUAUACUUAUUAUAAUAAUUAUAUUACAAGAAUAUUCUUAGUUUAAUUUAGAUGUAUAACUGCUUUUUAUGUGAUAGAAUAAACAUGUAAGGUAGUAGUGAUUUGCUUGGAGAAUGUGGCUAAUAGCCCUAAAUAAUUAGCCGUUAGGGUAUAUGCAACCUUUUACUGAAGUGCUUUUAACUUGUAUGCUUUGUUGAUUGAAGCAACAGGAAGCUUUGCUAAUAUUAGAAUGAAUGAACAGGGAAAGGUCCUGGAAGAAUUUGAAGUCUGAUGCCUUGCAGCGGCGUAAUCCAGCCAUUUUUGCCGAUAUAUUUUAGUAACCUUAUAAGCUUAUCUAUCUCUAUUGCCAUCCAUAAAAACCAUAACCACUUUUAUUAUUAUUAUACAUUGUAUGAAGCUUUAUGUUUUUUAUCAGCAUAAAUGUUUAUUAGUGAUCUCGCUGGUUGUAGUUUAUAAGCUCUUUCACAGCCAUAGGUGCAUAUAAAGGAGCUAUGGUUUCUUGCUUUAUACAUUUUGUCCAUUUAAUCUUGUAUAUGGCCAACAGCAGCUAAUUUCAUUGAUUUACUACUGGCAUAAUUGUCAGACAUAUUUAUUACUCUAUUGAAAGCUUUCACUAACUAUAGAUAACAUUAUGUCUAUUUGUACUAGGGAAGAACUCUAGGUUUGUUCUGUCUACUUAUCUUCUUACCUUAUGUUAUCAGUAGUUUAACCACAAAGAUUGUCUUCGAACUGAAUCAUGAAGCUGUGGUCUUAAAUUAGUACCCAUUUCAGUUUAUGUGGGAGUGUCUUGUUAGUGAUUUUUUGGUAUGAUAAGGUUAUAAUUUAUAGGCUUAUCCUGUUUAAGUAAAUAGGUAUAUAGCACUUUAUAAGAAAAUCUAAAUCUACUCAGAACUAUAAUAAAGAAGCUUAAGUUUGCUCCACAUAUAGCUUCCUAUUUUAUUUUCAAAGUUAUUGUGUAUCUAGUCAUUCCAUUUUACCUAUAGUCUAAUAUUCAGUUUGUUCCUAUGUAUGGUAGAUGUAUAUUUUGAGUUAGCUACUUUGAUCUAUUUAAAUUAAAUAAAGUUAAAUAUAUAUAAUUUUGUUUGAUGCAAAUGUAUUUAGUUUCAUAAACAAUAAUAUUGUUGUUUCACAAUGUUCUGUGUUGUAUAUUGUAUGUAUAGAGAAGUAGAACAAAAAAGUAUUUUGUGAAAUCAAGUUAGUUUCAAUUAAUGAUAAUUUUUCAAUUAUUAUAUAUUAUAAUGAUUUCGGGUUUCAAAUUAUGAUAAUAUUCUGUUAUUUUAUAAAAUAAUUAGAUCUAUGUCAAGUUUCAAAGUAACAGGAUACUUUUACUGUGCAGGCAUUUCUAUGCAACUUUUGACAUUUAGAUUUUCAACAUGUGUCCUACUUAAAAAUAAUAUUUUUUUUAAUGAAUAAAAGAAACAAUUGAAAUAGUAUGGACCUACAAGCUUCUUUAAGAUAUAUUAUGUAAGAUUUAGAUAAAGAGAAGGCUGCUCUUCUAUACAUGUAGUAGUUUGAAAAUAAAAAAUGAAUAUAUUGAAAAUUUCAGUCAAUUUACUUUAUUUUGAGCAAAGUUAUGAAUGUUUGAAGUUUUGACAAGAUUUAGCGCAAAUAGUCUUAAUUUUAAAUUAUUAAAUGGAGUGGGUGUUCUAUUAGAGUGUUGAUUAUGGGCUUGUCAUUUAAAUAAGUGUCUAAAUAGUAGUUUAUAUAACAUUGGAACCUAGAAGAAAGAACUGCAAUAGGCAUCAUUAACUCAUACAUGAUGCAUCUUCAAAUCUUCAGUGUACAUGAACAUGUAUAUUGAUAAAAAUAUCAUUAAAUAUACAUUCCAAAGUUCAUAGAUAUUUAUUAUACAUAUAUAUAUUAUACACCAUUUCUCCAAAAAAUCAUUUAUAUAAUUUUUAAUGUAAUAAGAAAAUAGUUUUAAAUAAUCUGUUACUAUACUAAAAUUACUUUAUGAUAUAUUAUAGAAUUUGUUGUCCCCCCGCCUUUUCAGAGAAAGCAGGCGACUUCUAAAAUGGGUUUGUCCAUCACACUUUUUGAAAGCAAUAAAUCAGCUUCUAAAAUUCAGGUAGAAUGAUCAAACUUUGUGUAGAUGUUCAUUAGAUGAAUGUCUUUACAGAGUUCGAUGGUAAGUGUUUUCUGCUCAGGUCAAGCGGAGAUAAGCAAUUUUAUUUGUGGAUGCUUGGGAUACAAUAACUUUGCUUCUAAUCUAAUUGAGGGUAAAUGAUCAGUGAUCAAGUUAAUAAGCAUUUUCAGAUUAGGUUAAAGAUUGGUUCCCAGAAAAGUAUUUAUCGGGUGGUUAUUUCCAAUAAAAGUAUGGCAUUUUUGCUAUAUAUGGAAAGUAGAGAUAUCCAAUCUCACUAGAAAAAUACUGGAUUCCUCGAAAAACACUCAUGGAGCGUACACAGGACAAAAACGUAAAGGUUCCCCUAAUUGACAGCCCGACGAUUAGGAAUUUCUGCAUGCGUGAUGUCAAAGGUCACACGCGAACAUUGGGGGCUUGAUGUACAAGUUGAUAAACUUUAUGAAGAGUUAGACGUACAACACUUUCUGAGAUAAUAAAUCAUGGAAAAAGACGCGGAUAGUGGAUAAUCUGAGAAUUUAAUUAGGAUUCGAUAUUUGUAACAAAUAGUACGCAAUUAAAGACAACAUCGUCUUAUGUAUGCAAUGAAUUCCCCUCUGACUUCCAAGAGAGGUAAGUCACGUGACAUAAACAUGACCUGGUUUGAUCGAAUUUUUAUAGCAGGGCAUUCCUUCGCAAUUACAAUGUUUGAGAAGGAUUUGAAGCAAAAUUAUGACAAAUUAAUUAGUUUGAAUAUGUUUUUAGUCCAUAUAUACCAUUAAAUCACCCAGUUUGUACGCGGGAAUGUAUCUUUAAGUAGAGUUAUAAACAAUUUGAUUGGUAGAUGCUUUAUAAAGAGCUAAGUGCGCAAGUAAUUAAUGUUCUGAUUAAUGAGUUAAGAAAAUCCUGAAAGAAUUGAUAUUUAAGACUAAUUAUAAUGAAAUGUUUUGAAGAAGAGUUAUCCUUCCACAAUAUUGAUGUUUGUAUAAUGUAUAUGGUUGUAUGGAUUUUGUUUUCUGAUCUCUUACUAUUAUAUAUAUAUACAUGUAUGUUGUCAUGUAAACAAAUUAAGUUCUACUUUACUAUUUAAUAUAAACAUACAUAUAUACCAUUUAUCUGGGAAAUUUAAGAACCCAGCAUUUAUAAAAUGAAAAUUCAGUGUAAAUGUACAAAGUCACCAUGGAUACUGUUUUCAUAAUAAAAAGCUGAACUGAA